AUGACCGGAUACAUUUUGCGGGAACGCAAUCGCAGGAGACGUCUUAUGGACACUCCACCUAUUCACAACCUACCUCCGCAACACAGCCAAGGUCGUGAUAUGGUAGAGGAAAAACGCAGAACAUCCCACCCGUUACCACCUCUACCUACCCCUGACACAAUAACCUAUCCGGAGGGGUACAUCAAAGACCCGCCCUAUGUUCCGGAAAGAUACUCCCCCACCCUCUCAGAUUACCCUCGCACCAGCAUAUCUUGGGAAAUUGUCGAUGGGGAGAUGCAAACCAAAUAUAGAACCUCGCGAUUAUCAACGAUGGAUAUUGAAAAAAUGCUUGAUAUUGCAACUGAGUGA